CAAUCCAUUUCUACCUAUAAAAGGCUAAUGAAUGAAAGUGGUCAUAUCUCAAGGUAGAAAAAGAAAAAGAAAAGGGUGCUUAAAAAAAGAGAGAGGCUUAGUUAAAAUAUAUACAAAAGAAAUAUGGCUAAGUUGUCCAAUAUGGUAUUUGUUUUUCUUGGUUUAUUAGUAUUUGUUUGUACCACAAAAGCAAGAGAAGUGCCUAGUGAGAAAGGUCUUACUGAUCAGAAAAAUUUUGUAGGGUUUGGUGGUGUUGGAGGAUUUAGUGGUAUUGGAAGCAGUGGGCUGCCUGUUGGUGGAGUUGGUGGUGGUGUAGGUGGUCUUGGUGGUGGGGUAGGUGGUGGAGUUGGUGGGGUACCUGUAGGGGAUGGUGCUGGUGGACUUGGUGGGUUGGGGGGUGGUGCUGGUGGACUUGGUGGAUUAGGUGGGGUACCUAUAGGGGGUGGUGCUGGUGGACUUGGUGGAUUAGGUGGGGUGCCUAUAGGGGGUGGUGCUGGUGGACUUGGUGGAUUAGGUGGGUUGGGGGGUGGUGCUGGUGGACUUGGUGGAUUAGGUGGUGCAGGGGGGUUAGGGGGUGUAGGUGGGUUGGGUGGUGCAGGGGGGUUAGGGGGUGGUUGUGAUGGUUCAGGGAGUGGGGCUGGAAGUCUUCCAUCACCAUAA